AUGUUUUUGAGAACGCUAUUUUCUCUGCGCCCGCGCAGCUACACUUUGCUUCAGCCCGUGCACCACAGCCCUACGGAAUUCGCCAUGCGAACGUCCAAAACAGACAAGGUCGUCACCGCGGCCGCCGAUGGCGACGUCGCAGCAGACAAUCUGGACACGGACAGGAGAAGGCUGGCCGAGAUGGGCUACACUCAGGACAUGCAGCGGAACUUCUCCGUGAUAUCUUUGCUGGGGGUGGCCUUCUCGCUGGCCAACUCGUGGUUCGGUGUCUCCGCCUCGCUGAUCACCGGUAUCAACUCAGGUGGAACCGUGUUGACCAUCUAUGGAAUUCCCUGGAUCGCCUUCGUCUCGACCUGCGUCGCCGUCACGCUGUCAGAGCUGGCCUCGGCCAUGCCCAACGCUGGCGGACAAUACUUCUGGGCCAGCGAACUCGCCCCGAAAAGAUAUGCCGCAUUCGCCUCCUACCUCACCGGAUGGCUCGCCUGGGCUGGCGCCAUCUUCACCUGCGCCAGUGUGGCCUUAAGCUUAGGCUCAGCCGGCGUCGGC